ACGAAUGUAAAGAAAAUUUUCGUGAGAUUUUUUCCAAAAUUUGAUUAAAAAUAAUGUUCAGUGUACAGUUUGGACUGUUUUCAUUCAAUGAAUGACUGUAUACUAUUGUUCAGUAGCUGUUUUUAUAUAAAAAGAUAAGUGAAAUAGUUUUAACAAAGGUUUCGUGAAGGAUUUAAGAACAUUGAGAUAAAUAAAUCUCCUAACAAAUGAAAAAGAUAAAACCAUCAUAGCUUGUUACUCGGGGAUGCGAUCGGCAGUAAAAGUAAGACACACGGAUCAUUGUGACACACAUUUGAUGGAUUUAGCACUUUCAUGGUGUAAUAUCACAGAGAGAUCGCAGCUGAUUAAACGUAUUGCAGGGACUUAUUGAUGUCUGGCAUGAAUCGCUUCUCACACUCCAGUCUUUCACAGCAGUGCCAGCACAAAGUGGUACAAAGGAAUUAUUGAAUUCUAUUUCUGUAUCAGUACUGACUUUUUAAUUACCUUUAAUCAAUCUUUUCAUUAGAAGGUAGCUACAACACAAAUAUUACGGAUGAUCUUUUCAAAGCAAUGAUUCUUGCUUUGAAAAAUAACGUUCGCGACGCCAUGACGUCAAUAUGUGUACGUCAAAUGUUAUUCUAUUAGUAACGACGUCUUGGUUGAGCGGUUACGAAGGAUGGAACGUAUUGUUAAAAAUAAUAAAAAUGAUGAAAAAUAGUAGUUUUAAUAGGUCGGGAUGAGCAAUUUCGAGGACUCGAUGAAGUCGCAUUCGGUUUCCGGUAGUAAAAACGAUCCGGCGGCGACGGAUUUGGACUAUUACUCUAAACCGGAGAACUACACAGGUUCAAGUCUACAAGCGUUUCAACGGUUUGUCGUUGAUAAAAACAAAGAGGAAAGGAAUAAUCUACAAAACGAGAAGAAACGUGUUGUGAAAGAUGCGAAGUACUAUUUUUUCAACCGCUAUAAACACAUUCUUAAAGAUGUUAUAUUUCUGGACGAUAUAGUGGACCUAGAAACUGAAGAAAGUUCGGAGGAAGAGGAAGAGGAAGUAGACAUAAAGGGAAAGGAUGCCAGGAAGUCUGGCGGGAAAACUCCAGCAGCCGACAUUUUGAAGACGAUAACUGAAGAAGGCGAUGAUGCAGAUCGAAAAGAGGCUGGCCUUGGCGCAAAGAGUAGAGCAUCUAUGUCCCCUGAAAAGUCUGUUGGAGCUGUCCAUAGCGGCAUGACAGAUGAGCGGAUGACCCCGGAUUCAGGAACUUUUACCCCGCUCGGCAGUAAGAAAAGGAGUCAAGCGGUAUUAGCCAGUCCCACCGCCCGGCAGUCAACCGCUUUACAAAGAUUGCAGAUGGACAAGGCUGCGAAGGAAAUCAGGGCUAAACAGCUCAAAGAGAAAUUUGUCAGCUGUGUGAAAGUAAUUAAGGCGAUAGUCAGGUUGUCAGCGUCAGCCAAAGGAAAACAAGCUUCCAGUAACAUGACCAGUAUGAGAACAUUUAUGGACAUUGCCAGCGAGGAGACUACUACUGAGGAAAAUAUGAAAAACGCGGGUCUCUCGUUUGACCCCAGCUAUUUUAAGGCUAAAAAGGAGAUUUCACUUAGUUCAGAAACAAAGGCGAUACUCACUACAGCGUCCGAGGACCGAACACAGGAACAAGUUCAAACGGCAAUGUUCGGUCUGCAGUGUUUACGGUCAUAUGCUGAAUACCCUCUGCACAUGCAAGAAAAACUUGCAAAGGUCGCUUGGUACGAAAUCGUUGCACCAAAAAGUAUCAUUAUUCGGCAGGGACAUUUUGCUGAGAAUUUUUACUUUAUACUCUCUGGACACGCGGUGGUAACCAUUUUGCUCAAAGAUCCAAAAACGGGCGCAUCAUUUGUUAAAACGGCGACGGUAAUGAAGAAAGGAAUGAGUUUUGGGGAAUUAGCCCUUCUCCACCACUCGAAACGUACCGCCACGGUAACCAGUCAGGAUACAGUACAGCUCUUGUCUAUUGGUAGAGAGGAUUUCUUUGAUAUUUUUAUGUCUGGAGAAGAAGGUGAUUUACCAGACCAUAUAAAGUUCAUCAGUAAUCUUGAUUUUAUGAAAGACUGGCCGAUAGAAAAGCUUGCUGAACACCCGGAACAUUGUCUUCUUCAUUUCUUCAAAAGAAAUACCUCAAUUGUUGCAAACAGUAAUAAUUCAGAGUGGAUGUACAUUGUGAAAUCAGGUUCAUGCGUUGUUUUAAAGAAACUAAAAGGUGUUACAGCAAGUGCCUACAUGGCAAAACCAAAAGCCAAUGACAACAAUAUUUCGCCAGCAAAAAUGAAAGCAGUAAUUUUCGCACCAAAAGUUGACUCUGGACUGAGGAAAAGGAAACCUGCCGAUGAUAAUGAUAAGGAAAAAGCAAAAGAAAAUACGGCGGAAGAGACUAAAGAGGAUGCUGAUGAUACAAAAUUCACCAAAGAAAAGUACAGUCAGCAACCUCAAACAAAGAAAGCUCACUUCUCAACAAAGAGCAGUUUUGAUAAAAGGAAACGUUACGAACCGCCUUCCAAAUGUGUUCCGAAGAAACGGGAAGCUACACCGGAGCCAACGCCCGCUGAAACCAAGCCUGGGCCAGUGUUUGUACAAGUCUCCAUCAUGAAACCAAGGGACGUCUUUGGUCUCGAUUCAAUUCAGUUUGAGGACGAUAUUCAACGUUCACAUACAGAAGUUAGUCUGGUGAGUCGUGGCGCCGAAUGUAUCAUGUUGUCCAAGGCAUUCUAUGCCAAACACGCAAACGAGGCCGUGAAGAAACGAGUGAGGGAAUCUGUUCGAGCAUAUCCAGCAGAGGACGUUUUCCAGGAAAAUCUACAGAUCAAAGAAGACUGGAUAAUGUACAAGAAGGUUUUAUUGAAUGAUCUGACCUGUCAGUUACGAGAAUAUGCCAACAGAUUUGGCUCCUAACUUUUUAUGAGGUUAAACUGAGUUGUAACAUUAACAAUUUUAUAAGUUAUUUGGCUAGGAUGAUAAAGGGUCCGGUAUUACCUUUUUUUCUAAUCAGUGUGAUUUGUACUUAGAGUAUUAUUAAAGCUGUGAUAUUAUGUAAAAUAAAUUAUUUUAUUUGA